UUCCAUUUCAUCUUUCUUUUUGUAGUGACCUCAGUGAAAAUCAAAUUCAAGCCAUUCCAAGGAAGGCCUUCCGUGGGGCUGUAGAUGUUAAAAAUCUGCAACUGGAUUACAACCAGAUCAGCUGUAUUGAAGAUGGGGCAUUUAGGGCUCUACGCGACCUGGAAGUGCUCACUCUCAACAAUAACAACAUCACUCGACUUUCAGUGGCAAGUUUCAACCACAUGCCCAAACUUAGAACCUUUCGACUUCACUCCAAUAAUCUCUACUGUGAUUGCCACCUGGCCUGGCUAUCUGAUUGGCUGCGACAGCGACCUCGAGUUGGCUUGUACACGCAGUGUAUGGGCCCAUCCCACCUGAGGGGACACAAUGUAGCAGAGGUUCAAAAACGAGAAUUUGUCUGCAGUGAUGAGGAAGAAGGUCAUCAGUCUUUUAUGGCUCCCUCCUGCAGCGUCUUGCAUUGUCCUACCACAUGUACCUGUAGUAACAACAUUGUUGAUUGUCGUGGGAAAGGCCUUACUGAGAUCCCAACCAAUCUUCCAGAAACGAUUACUGAAAUACGGUUGGAGCAAAACUCAAUCAAGGUCAUCCCUCCUGGAGCUUUCUCACCAUAUAAAAAGCUUAGAAGAAUUGACCUAAGCAAUAACCAGAUCUCUGAGACUGCUCCAGAUGCUUUCCAAGGUCUGCGUUCACUCAAUUCACUUGUCCUCUAUGGAAAUAAAAUUACAGAGCUUCCAAAAAGCCUGUUUGAAGGACUUUUCUCUUUACAGUUGCUAUUAUUAAAUGCCAACAAGAUAAACUGCCUACGAGUAGAUGCCUUCCAAGAUCUACACAACCUGAACCUUCUUUCUUUGUAUGAUAACAAGCUUCAAACCAUUGCCAAAGGCACCUUUUCACCCCUACGUGCAAUUCAGACUUUGCAUUUGGCUCAGAACCCAUUCAUUUGUGACUGCCAUCUGAAGUGGCUGGCGGAUUAUCUUCAUACAAACCCUAUUGAGACCAGUGGUGCCCGUUGCACCAGCCCCCGCCGUCUGGCAAACAAAAGGAUUGGCCAGAUCAAAAGCAAGAAAUUCCGCUGCUCAGCUAAAGAACAGUAUUUCAUUCCAGGAGUUCACCAUUUUGGCUGCACAGAAGAUUACAGAUCAAAACUAAGUGGAGACUGCUUUGCAGAUCUGGCUUGCCCUGAAAAAUGCCGCUGUGAAGGAACCACAGUGGACUGCUCCAAUCAGAAACUCAGCAAAAUUCCUGACCACGUUCCCCAAUACACAGCAGAGUUGAGACUGAAUAACAAUGAAUUCACAGUAUUAGAGGCUACUGGGAUCUUUAAAAAGCUUCCUCAGCUGCGUAAAAUAAAUCUGAGCAAUAACAAGAUCACAGAUAUUGAAGAAGGAGCAUUCGAAGGAGCAUCUGGUGUGAAUGAACUGUUGCUCACCAGUAACCGUUUGGAGGCUAUUCGACACAAGAUGUUUAAAGGAUUAGAAAGUCUCAAAACUUUGAUGCUAAGGAGCAAUCGUAUAAGCUGUAUAGGCAAUGAUAGUUUCACAGGAUUGAGUUCUGUCCGUUUGCUCUCCUUAUAUGAUAACCAAAUUACUACAGUUGCUCCAGGUGCCUUUGAUACUCUCCAUUCACUCUCUACAUUAAACCUCCUGGCCAAUCCUUUCAACUGUAACUGCCACCUGGCGUGGCUGGGAGAUUGGCUGAGGAAGAAACGCAUUGUAACUGGAAACCCUCGCUGUCAGAAACCUUACUUCCUAAAGGAGAUUCCCAUCCAAGAUGUGGCAAUUCAAGAUUUUACUUGUGAUGAUGGAAAUGAUGACAACAGUUGCUCCCCAUUGUCUCGCUGUCCUGCAGAAUGCACUUGCCUAGAUACUGUCGUUCGCUGCAGCAACAAAGGCCUUAAGGUUUUGCCCAAAGGCAUCCCAAAAGAUGUAACUGAACUUUAUUUGGAUGGAAACCAGUUUACCCUUGUUCCCAAAGAACUUUCUAACUACAAACAUUUAACUCUUAUAGAUUUAAGUAACAACAGAAUCAGCACUCUUUCUAACCAGAGCUUCAGCAACAUGACUCAACUGCUCACUUUAAUUCUUAGCUACAACCGUCUGAGGUGUAUACCUGCACGGACAUUUGAUGGGCUGAAGUCACUUAGAUUAUUGUCAUUACAUGGCAAUGAUAUUUCUGUUGUUCCCGAAGGAGCUUUUAAUGACCUUUCAGCAUUAUCACAUCUAGCUAUUGGAGCUAAUCCUCUGUACUGUGAUUGUAACAUGCAAUGGUUGUCUGACUGGGUAAAGUCAGAAUACAAAGAACCUGGUAUUGCACGUUGUGCUGGACCUGGAGAAAUGGCAGAUAAACUACUUCUCACAACUCCAUCUAAAAAAUUUACUUGCCAAGGUCCUGUGGAUGUUAAUAUACUUGCCAAAUGUAGUCCCUGCUUAUCGAAUCCUUGUCAAAAUGAUGGCACUUGUAACAAUGAUCCUGUUGACUUCUACAGAUGUACCUGCCCUUAUGGUUUCAAGGGCCAGGACUGUGAUAUUCCAAUUCAUGCAUGCAUCAGUAACCCUUGCCAACAUGGUGGAACUUGCCAUUUAAAAGAAGGAGAAAAAGAUGGAUUCUGGUGCUCUUGUGCAGAUGGAUUUGAAGGUGAAAACUGUGAAGUGAAUGUUGAUGACUGUGAAGACAAUGACUGUGAAAAUAAUUCUACGUGUGUAGAUGGAAUUAACAACUACACUUGCCUUUGUCCACCUGAAUACACUGCUGCUAAUCUGAAUGAAGUGGAAAAAGGUGAAUUAUGCGAGGAGAAACUGGAUUUCUGUGCCCAAGAUUUAAACCCUUGUCAACAUGACUCAAAGUGCAUCCUGACACCCAAAGGAUACAAAUGUGAUUGCACACCUGGAUAUGUGGGAGAACAUUGUGAUAUCGACUAUGAUGACUGUCAGGAUAACAAAUGUAAAAAUGGAGCACAGUGUACUGAUGCUGUGAAUGGGUAUACAUGUAUAUGCCCAGAAGGGUACAGUGGCCUUUUUUGUGAGUUUUCACCACCGAUGGUCCUCCCUCGCACCAGCCCUUGUGAUAACUAUGAGUGUCAGAAUGGAGCUCAGUGCAUCAUAAAAGUAAAUGAACCAAUAUGUCAGUGUUUGUCAGGUUACCAGGGUGACAAAUGCGAAAAGCUGGUCAGCGUAAACUUUGUGAACAAAGAAUCCUAUCUGCAAAUUCCUUCAGGCAAAGUCCGCCCUCAGACCAACAUCACUCUGCAGAUUGCCACAGACGAGGAUAGUGGGAUCCUGCUGUACAAGGGUGACAGAGAUCAUAUAGCGGUGGAACUGUACCGUGGUCGAGUGAGGGUCAGUUAUGACACAGGAUCUUAUCCAGCAUCUGCCAUUUACAGUGUUGAGACAAUAAAUGAUGGGAAUUUCCACAUAGUGGAGCUGCUAGCCAUGGAUCAGAUUCUUUCUUUAUCUGUUGAUGGAGGAAGCCCGAAGAUCAUUACCAACUUGUCUAAGCAAUCAACUCUGAACAUUGACUCCCCACUUUAUGUAGGAGGUAUGCCUGUAAAAAACAAUGUUGCAGCACUACGCCAGUCCCCAAGCCAGAAUGGCACCAGCUUUCAUGGCUGCAUCCGUAAUCUGUACAUCAACAGUGAACUGCAGGACUUCAGAAAUGUGCCACUGCAAGUGGGAAUUAUUCCUGGUUGUGAGCCUUGCCACAAGAAAAUGUGUGUGCAUGGAACUUGCCAUGCUACAAGCCAGUCAGGCUUUACCUGCGAGUGUGAAGGAGGAUGGACUGGACCACUGUGUGAUCAACAAACCAAUGACCCUUGUCUUGGAAAUAAAUGUGUACAUGGUACCUGCUUGCCAAUCAAUGCAUUUUCAUACAGUUGUAAAUGCCUGCAGGGACAUGGGGGAGUCCUCUGUGAUGAAGAGGAAGAGUUGUUUAACCCCUGCCAGUCCAUCAGAUGUAAACAUGGAAAAUGCAGGCUUUCCGGCCUGGGGAAACCAUAUUGCGAAUGCAGCAGCGGAUACACUGGGGACAGCUGUGAUAAAGAAAUCUCUUGUCGAGGGGAACGAAUCAGAGAUUACUACCAAAAGCAGCAAGGGUAUGCCGCGUGCCAGACGACCAAGAAGGUAUCAAGACUAGACUGUAAAGGAGGAUGUUCAAAUGGGCAGUGCUGCGGACCACUAAGAAGCAAGAGACGGAAAUAUUCUUUUGAAUGCACUGAUGGAUCCUCAUUUGUGGACGAGGUUGAGAAGGUGGUGAAGUGUGGCUGUACAAAGUGCCCCUCCUAAAUGUGCCCCUGUCUUUUGAAAAUGUUGUAUACUUAUUGACCAUGUCGGACUAAUUAAUACUUCAUAGUGAAAAUAUUUGAAAUAUAUUGUAAAAUACAGAACAGACUUAUUUUUAUUAAGAGAAUAAAGACUUAUUCGUCAUUUGCAAAAAGAUUCAAGUGCUUGAACUGAAACUUUUCAUAAUCAAGAGGAGCUUUGAAGGAAAAAAAGACCCUUUAACAUUGCAACAAUGAUGGGAAAUGUAACUGCUUUUAACAUGGAUUCUUCUUUAUAACAUGCUGAAGAUAAACUGAUAUUAUACACACAUAACUUUCAACCUACGGCUCAGUGAUGAAAUUAUUGACCAGAACAUGAAGGGGUUUUUUUUUCACUUUCAUAUCAAUAUAUUUCAUUAUGUUGACAGACCAUACCAAUUACUUAUAGAUGAGGAAGAGUUGUGGGAAAAGGGAUUCAGAUUAUAUUGGUUUAACAAAUGUAUGUGAAGGAUUUUAUGUGGCAUAAUUAUUAAGCAUCUUGGGAAGAGGGGAUGCCCCUUUAAUGGAUGGGAGACAUUAAAAUGUGAGAAUAUACUGAAAUUUUCUGACGAUGUAUACUUUUAUAUCAGCAUGUUAGCAAAAGAAGCAUACAAAAAGUGUUUUAUCUACCCUUUUCCAGUAUUAAUUUUUGUAAUAUAAAUGUUAAGGGAAUGAUAAAAAUAGAUUAUUGAUGGAUAAAUUAGUAAUAAUAUGGAUUUUUGUUUCUAUGAGUUCUAAAAAGCUCUAUACAGUAUUCGGUUUCAUUGAGAAAUAUUUAUUGUAUCAAAGUACAUUGUACCUUAACCUUUUUAGGUCAUCCCUUUUACUGUUUUUCAAUGCUUUAAUAUAUAUUAAUUUAUAUUUGUCCUGAUAUUUUUGUAUUUUGUUUUUUUUAAAGAAAGACUUAAAAAUCAGGAUUUUUUGCAAUAGAACUAACAUAGCAUGUCAUCUUGGAGUAAAUGUGUUUGGUCUGUUUUUUGUUUUGUUGUUUUUCCUAAGCAUCUCACCACUUGGUGUCUGAAAUGGAAAGUGAUAAUAGUUUGCAUUUUUCACAUACAACAGUCAUUCAGGACACCUCUUGAAAACUUGUAUGAGAGAAAAUAUCUUUACACUUGAUGGCAAAUGUAUAGAAGUAAAUUUUUCCUAUAUAUAUACACAAUACUUACAGAAAAUAAAAUGGUGUGUAGAAAAUGACACUAGAUAGUAGACCUUUACAAAUUAAUAAUCCCAUGGAGUUCCUUUACCUUAAAAAAAAAAAAAAACAGAAAGAAAGAAAAAAAAGGCUGUACUAUCAAGGACUGUGACUUUUUCCAAAUAAUAAAACUACUUUAUUGUCCUAAUGUUCCCUAUGUUAAUAUGUUGCUGCUAAAUUACGAUGUAGAACUGGUAACAAUUCAUAGUGGGUUGUGUUCUUUCAGUAAAUCCAAGGAUACCCUGUAAAAAUGCAAUUUUUUCAAUUUUUUUUUUUUUACAGAAGAAGUUAGAUGUACAUGUGUAAUGCCGUGUGCUUUGUCUUAUUUGGACUGAUAUCAGUAAAGCUACUGAUGUUUGUAAAUUAAACAGAUAUUUACUUCA